AUGCGAUGGGGCAUGCCUCCGCAAGACACGUAUCAGUCGCAGUGGCUCGUUCGAGAUUUGAAAGGGAAAUCGGAACGUGCCUUCAAGGCGUACACGUCGCUGUUCAUGCGGCACUUGUGUGAGCCGGGAGCUGAUUCGCAGGAAUCGUUUAAUGACGGAGUGCCACGCGAAGGCCUGAACCGGCAACAUGUGCUUACUCGUAUUGGAGUAAUGUCAUUGAUCCGGAAAAAAGUGCAGGUGGGCGAUGCGAAGCGCGAUGACGAGGGAGCACGGCCUGUAAAAAAAGAAAGCGAAUCAACAAAAGUGAUCAGAUCGAAGGGUCCACGGCCCUCUUUCAAAUUCAAUAUUGCCGAUGGUGGUUUUACGGAGUUGCAUACGCUUUGGCUGAAUGAGGAAAAAGCUGCCGUGCCUGGUAACGAAUUUGAAAUAUGGCACCGCCGACACGAUUAUUGGCUUUUGGUCGGGAUAAUCACAUAUGGCUACGGUCGAUAUCAGGAUUUGCAGAAUGAUCCCCGCUUCGCUAUUAUCAAUGAGCCAUUUGUUUCGGAGCAGGGAAAGGGCAAUUUUCUAGAAAUAAAAAACAAGUUCUUGCAGCGCCGAUACAAGCUUUUGGAACAGGCGCUUGUGAUUGAGGAACAAUUGCGGCGAGCAGCUUACCUGAAUUUAUCUCAGACCAAUGCAGAUGGCACACAGCAGCUGAAUGAGCGUUUUGCGGAUAUCGAAAGCUUGGCGGAAAGCCACCAGCAUCUCUCCAAAGAAAGCUCCCAGGGCAACAAAAACGCAACUGUUGUUCUGCAUAAGGUUCUGAACCAACUGGAGGAGUUACUUUCGGAUAUGAAGGCAGAUGUUUCACGGCUGCCUGCAACUCUUGCUCGACUGCGACCUGUAACGGAGCGUUUGGGCAUGACCGAGAGGGCUAUAUUAAGCCGGUUGACGACGCGCGAUCCAGAAGCUGCAUCAGGUAAAAGUCCAUUACCUCCGCCUGGUCCAUUUGUGACGCCCACACUGGGACAACAGCUUGCUGGAAUUCAACCCAAAUUUGCUGCGUUAUCAAGGCUCUCCGUGAACGAUACAUCCAGCGAAGUGAAAAAAGAACGUGUUCAAGAAGAAGGCGAAAAAAUUAAGAAAGAAAAGGAGCAAGAGAAAAACACCAAAAAGGAGGAGCAAAAAGGUAAUUUCACCUUUCUAUUCAUCAGAAUGGAUAAAUGA